AAAAUGAAAUUUCGGAAUGCUGUAAAGAACGUGGCAGUCCUGGGUGGACAAAUAUAAUUCACGAAUUAGCUUACUAUAACAUUGCCCCACGACUUGAUAUUUCUACUCCACAACAUUGUUGUCAAGCAUGCGUUGAAGAUCCAGAUUGUUUACAAUGGUUAUUUAAAACAACUGUAAACCUAUGUGACUUAAACGUCCAAAGAAAUUUGACACUCAAAACGUGUGAUCAACCUACAGGUCCACCUACAUCAAGCCAAGAAGGUGGAGUUAUUGGUUGUAGUGAUGGAUUAAAAUCAAAUCAUAUUCAUUAA